CAUCUGUUAUUGCUUUGGGUGUUGUUCUUUUGAAAGGACUAAGAUCUAGAAGAAUUAUGCCUAGAGAACCUCAUGUUAAUCGAGAGUAUGAAAGAGAGACAUAUAUGAAUGAUAUUCUUUGUAGAGGUGAUAUGCGUUGUCUCCAUCAUAUAAGGAUGAGACCUAUUGCUUUUUAUGCGCUAUGCAAAAUUUUGAGUGAGAAUAAUCUACUUCAAGAGACCAUUCAUAUGUCCAUUAAAGAACAAGUGUUAAUUUUUUUACACACUAUUGGACAUGAUGUGAGGUUUCGAGUUGUUGGUGGGAGGUUUUAUAGAUCAGUUGAGAUAGUGCACCGAUACUUUAGGCAUGUCCUUAGAGCUAUUUUGCAAUUAUACAAACACAUGAUUAGAGAGCCUGACAAAGAUACACCCUUGGAGAUAAGAAAUAGCAGCAGGUUUAACUCCUAUUUUAAGGAUUGUGUGGGAGCUAUUGAUGGAACUCAUGUUCGUGCAUCUGUUCCAAUUCAAAUACAAGGAAGGUUUCGCGGCAGAAAGGAUGGAACAACACAAAAUGUCCUCGCUGCUGCUACCUUUGGCUUAAAAUUCACUUAUGUAUUAGCUGGUUGGGAAGGAAGUGCCCAUGAUUCACGUGUCUUAAAUGAUGCACUCUCUAGGCCAAGAGGAUUAAAAAUUCCUGAAGGUAUUAUAGGAAUAGAAAGUGAUUUUAUUAUGGAUAAUAGCUUUUGGAGUGAUUUUUUUUCCUUCUGAUUAUGAACGUGUAGGUAAAUAUUAUCUUGGUGAUGCUGGUUAUGGAGUUCGGAAAGGAAUUAUAUCCCCUUAUCGUGGUGUUCGUUACCAUUUGAAAGAGUUUAGUGAUAACCCACCAAGAAAUGACAAAGAAUUAUUCAAUCUUCGCCAUUCUUCUUUACGCACUAGCAUUGAGCGUUGUUUUGGGGUUUUGAAGAAACGUUUCCGUGUGUUAGAUGCAGAACCUUUUUGGUCAUUCCCAACACAAGUGGAUGUAGUCUUAGCUUGUUGCAUAAUUCACAAUCAUAUCAUAGGAGUUGACCCUUUAGACUCAAUUAUGAACAAUGGGCUUCGUGGUAGUCCACUUGCAAAUGACAGUACAAGUAGAAGAGUCCAACAAUCACAAAGGGAAGUCCAAGAAGAAAAU